AGAGAACAUUUUAACGCUCUCUUUUCCACGAUGACGGCGACGUCUAAAAUAUCCAUAUCCAACUGAGCUCACUAAUCUUAUGUAAGUCAAACCGUGUAUACCGAUAUCGCUCAUUAAACGGACUGCCACGCCGAAGACAAAAACUGUCAAAUGACGAAAAUUUAUAACAGGCCGCUUUUUGCGGUAUUAUUAGUGUUUGUGGCGUCAACCGGCGUCACUUUAGCCGACGACGAUAAAUGGGUAUGGGGCAGAUCAAACGAGCAAUCAAAGGCUGACUCGAGAAUCGGGUCUUCGUCCGACGAGGUGAUCCGAAUAGCUAAACCGUUAUUGCGCAAUCAACCAAACCAAAAGCCCAGUCCAUUAUUCCAACCCGCCAACAACCCAAGGCUGGAUACCAAAUAUUACAAGGACGACUCAAUACGAAAUGGGCGCUAUGAAGUCAACGAGGAUUAUGUACCGGAUAGGGAUCCUUUGAUCCAACAACCUAUCCAUAUAUCUGAGACCUUUAGUAGCAGGCCCUUCGACAGACCAUUGCCGUCAAAUACCCUACCACAAAGACCUUUGUCAAACUUCCAAGCGCCUUUGCGACCACAGCGGCCGCCAGUAAUCAUCGAUUCCGUGCACGCACCAUCCAGAAAACCCGUGCCCGUAGCUACCGAACCGGCCGGGUCUGCAGUCGGCAUACUCACUGGACCAGUGCCUUCAUGGCAACGACCGACAGUCCACAAAAACGGCGAUCCCACAAAUUUCGAAAAGUGCAAAUGCUCGUUCUCUUUCAAUUGUAAAUCUCCUGGGAUCAAGUUUGGAAGUUGCGAUGAAGGAAAACAAUACUGUUGUUAUAACGAUUUUGAUGGCACAAAUUCAGGAAGCCAAGAAGUGGACAAAUAUGGAGGAGAUCGUAGCGAGCCCAUACCUUCCGUGUUAGUUGGCCCAGGUGGAAGUCAUAGACCUGGUUUGAAACCUGGUAUAUAUGGACAAGUUUCCAACAAAAAUGAAUAUAUUGAUCGGAAAGAAUUAGUUGGAAAUAGUUAUCCAAAUGAACCAUUAUUCAACAGAAGACCGAAUGAGUAUGGAAACAAUCCUUUUAUAAUUCCAAGACAAUUGUAGGUAUAGUGAAUAAUAUUAUAAACAAAUAUAAUUAUUAUUAUAUAAUUUUUUUUUAAUUGAAUUGUAUAAAUGCUA